CCAUUGUAAUUCCCAGCAUCAAUUCGACAUGCUCUCUCUCCUCACCAUCACACAACACAAAUCUCUCCAAAAAUAAAUCCUUUUUGCUUUUUCUGUUUUUAUUUUUAUUUUUUGUAUUGUUUGUUUUUUCACUUUACAGCUCAAGCUCCUGCACCUUCUUCACAGAUCAGAGAUCAGAAUUACAAGAAAAUAAAUUCCUUUCUUCUGUGGUCGCUGAUUGUCGUCAUCAACUAAACCACCAUAUGUUACACAGAAUCAUUUUGGAGUUUGGUGUAUCAGAUGAUUUGUAACACCUAUCUUAUGCUUGUUGAGUGCCACUAUGGGCAUUUAUCCAGUAAGAUGUAGAGGGCUAUGGAUUCUUUGCAUUCUACUGCUUUGUACCAUAUUAAGGAAAUGCAGAGCCAUAAAUGCUGAUGGUCAGGCACUUAUAAACUUCAGGACGGCUGUUGUUAGUUCAGAUGGUAUUUUUACUCAGUGGAGACCAGAGGAUCCUGAUCCUUGUAACUGGAAAGGAGUGGAAUGUGAUAAAAAAACCAAGAGAGUAAUCACUUUGAGUCUUACCAAUCACAAAUUGAGUGGACCAAUAGCACCUGACCUUGGGAAGCUAGACCAGCUAAAGUUCUUAACUCUUCAUAACAACAACUUCUAUGGGGAAAUUCCGUCAGAAUUGGGAAAUUGCACAGAGUUGCAGGCAAUAUCCUUGCAGAGUAACUAUUUAAGUGGAUUAAUUCCAAGUGAAUUGGCUAACCUAUCAAAGCUUCUAAUUCUGGAUAUCUCAGGCAAUUCACUCAGUGGUGUUAUUCCCCCCUCACUUGGCAAGUUACAGACACUGGAAACCUUGAAUUUAUCAAACAAUUUUUUGGUUGGACCAAUACCAUCAGAUGGGGUGCUAUUCAAAUUUUCUGAAAGCUCCUUCUUUGGAAAUCGAGGUUUGUGUGGGAAGCAAAUUAAUGUGACAUGCAAAGAUGAUAGUGGUGAACCUGGAACAGAUGCUCAAUUUCCUAAUUCAGGUCAAAAUCAAGGUGCAAAGAAGAACUCAGGCAGGUUGCUUAUUAGUGCAUCAGCUACUGUGGGUGCACUUCUUCUGGUGGCACUUAUGUGCUUUUGGGGUUGCUUUCUUUAUAAGAAGUUUGGUAAAAAUGAAAGUAAGAGUCUUGCAAAGGAUGUUGGUGGAGGUGCCUCAAUUGUUAUGUUUCAUGGAGACUUGCCAUAUUCGUCAAAAGACAUCAUCAAGAAAUUGGAAACUUUAAAUGAUGAACACAUCAUAGGGGUUGGGGGCUUUGGAACAGUUUACAAGCUUGCAAUGGAUGAUGGCAAUGUAUUUGCUUUAAAAAGAAUUGUGAAGUUAAAUGAAGGAUUUGAUCGAUAUUUUGAAAGGGAGCUCGAAAUUCUUGGAAGCAUAAAACACCGUUACCUAGUGAAUCUACGAGGAUACUGCAACUCACCUACAUCUAAGUUAUUGAUUUAUGACUACCUUCCUGGUGGCAGUCUUGAUGAAGCUCUUCAUGAAAGAUCUGAGCGGUUAGACUGGGAUGCACGCUUGAAUAUUAUAAUGGGAGCAGCAAAAGGGCUUGCUUAUUUGCAUCAUGAUUGUUCUCCUAGGAUCAUACAUCGUGACAUAAAGUCCAGCAACAUCUUACUUGAUGGCAAUUUGGAGGCCCGGGUAUCUGAUUUUGGACUUGCCAAACUUUUGAAGGAUGAAGAAUCACACAUAACGACCAUUGUUGCAGGAACAUUUGGCUAUCUGGCUCCAGAGUGUAUACAAAGUGGUAGAGCUACUGAAAAGACUGAUGUUUACAGUUUUGGUGUCUUGGUGCUUGAAGUCUUAAGUGGAAAGCGACCAACUGACGCAUCAUUCAUCGAGAAGGGCCUCAACAUUGUUGGCUGGUUGAAUUUCCUGAUUUCAGAGGAUAGACGACAAGAGAUUGUUGAUACAAACUGUGAAGGUGUGCAGGCUGAAAGUCUUGAUGCCCUGCUCUCCGUAGCUACCCAGUGUGUUUCUGCUAGCCCCGAUGAUCGACCCACCAUGCACAGGGUGAUCCAGUUACUCGAAUCUGAGGUAGUGACCCCAUGUCCAAGUGACUUUUAUGACUCUGAUUGAAAGCCUCAGAGUGACAUGUUGAGUUCACAUCCAAGAAGUGGCGAAGUGUCUGCAACAGUUUAGCUUCUCCAUUUCCAUUCGUUCAUUCUUUGUGCAGAUUUAUGCCAUUGGGGAUCUGCACUUCCAUCCACUUGAUGGAAUUGUGGGUUAAUUUUCUACUUUUGGUGUCCUCAUUUCGCUUGGGUGCGUGCAGACAGUUCACAGUUCUUCCUCCACUUAAUUGGAGGUCCCACUUGUGGUAUGAGUCAUUUCUGUCAUUUUUUUAUCCCCCUCCCAAAAAAAAAAAAAAAAUGUAGUUUCUCUUGCAAUUAGACUCUCUUAUUGAGUGUACAUGACAUUUGUAUAAAUCAGAAAUUUGGCCCGCUCAGAAGUUAACUCUGAUUCAUGCCAUUUUGUAUAAUAUGUUUUAUUGAAAAUAUCAGGUCAUUGGAUUA